AUGACCCUCUUCGUUCCAUUGGAGGCGAGUUCGCCUCCUCCUCCGACACCAUCAUUUCUGGUGCAUUCAGAAACCCCAAACUUGCACCUGCGAAAAGCUAUCAAGGCCAUCCUGAAGGCCAAACGGUUGGUUGUCGUGUGUGGUGCUGGUAUAUCUGUUUCUGCUGGAAUUCCAGACUUUCGCUCAGAGUCGGGUCUCUUUCAAACAUUGAAGCGAGACAACCCGAAAGAAGCAUUGUCUUCGGGAAGAGACUUGUUUGAUGCGUCAGUAUUCAACAACGAACACACGACAUCAAUGUUUUGCCAAAUGAUAGCUCAAUUGUCCGAGCUCUCGCAAGCAGCCAACCCCACGCCUUUUCAUCAGGCAUUGCGAUCGCUGGAUGACAGGGGCAGGCUCCUGCGUGUCUACACCCAAAACAUCGAUGCUAUCGAGUUGAAAUCUGGUCUUUCCUUUGGUGUCCCGGAGUUCGAUAAGAGACGAGCAAAACCGAGAUCUAAGCCGAAAUCGACUGGUCCUCCCAUCGCUGAUCAGCCUGCGAUAUCUACUAGCGCUCAUUGUUCGCAAGAUAGCCCACCGAUGACACCGGGAUCAAGAUAUAUGUCUCCUGCUGUUGAAGUCCCUCGUUGCAUCCCCCUACAUGGAACGCUGCAGACGCUGCAUUGUCAAACAUGCAUGCACACGUUCCCACUCGAGAAUUACGUGUCUUCCCUGACGUCAGGAACACCCCCAUAUUGCCCCGAGUGCACCCAAAUGGAAGAGACGCGUCAACUUGUCGGAAAGCGAGCCCGAGGUGUGGGAAAGUUGCGACCCAGUGUGGUCCUUUAUAACGAACUGCAUAAAGAUGGGGAGGGGGUGGGCGAAGUUGCGAGGAGAGAUCUUGUUGGAUGUUCCAAAGGCAAGGGGCGGAGCGGUGUGGAUACUUUGCUUGUGGUUGGCACGAGUUUAAAGGUUCCAGGCACCAAACGCAUGGUUCGUGAAUUCUCGAAGGCGGCACGCGCCCGAGGAUGUACUGCGUCGAGGGAUACAACAUCUGCAUCUACAGGUCUUGCGACACCCGCACCUUCUCCCGGCAGGGGAUCAGCUACAUCGGCGGAUGACUCUCCCAUCAAAUCUAUUUAUUUGAACUUUGAUUUUCCAGGGCCGACACGAGAAUGGGAGGGCGUCUUUGAUCUCUUGAAGGAAGAAAUUGCAAAAGAGGCUGCCGAAAAGGAGGCUGCAUUAGAGAGGAAACGGAAACGGGAGGAGGAAGUCGCCUACUUAGAAGGUUCAGAAGAAGCAGGUCUUCCGAAGAAGAAGAAAGCAAAGACAGAAAACCAGAACCCUGAAAAGCCUACUUCAAAGCGGACACCUAAAGACUCGCAGACUCCUGUUCGUCCUCGGAAGCCCAAGAGCAAACAUCGAGAAGACAUGAACAUCAGUGCACCAUCCGCCCCGAAGAUAACGCUUAGCAAGUCGAAACUUACCAUACGAAUUCCACCCCUGAAGAGCCGUUACAUUCCCGAGGUAUGCAUCACCACUCCUGUACCGCGGGGGCUCAAAGCAGUGCAAUUUCCUUGUACUCCCCCUGCAACCCACAUUAAACAUCGGGUGACAUCUUUGUCGUCUCAUUCGGACUACCCACCUUCCGACACCACGGAGAUAGGAUAUGACGAAAGCGAUCUCUCCGAGUUAUCUACUGAUGAGGUGGCAGACGAACUUCCUAGAACUGCCAUACGGACUGCACAAUAUGGACUUCGGGUCACAGGGGGAUAA